AUGCCUCUGUGUUACUGGGACACCCGAGGGCUGCCCCCCCCCCCCCGCCCCCCUCGUCUGCUCCUGGAGUACACAGCCACCGCCUGCUCCUGGAGUACACAGCCACCGCCUGCUCCUGGAGUACACAGCCACCGCCUGCUCCUGGAGUACACAGCCACCGCCUGCUCCUGGAGUACACAGCCACCGCCUGCUCCUGGAGUACACAGCCAUCGCCUGCUCCUGGAGUACACAGCCAUCGCCUGCUCCUGGAGUACACAGCCAUCGCCUGCUCCUGGAGUACACAGCCAUCGCCUGCUCCUGGAGUACACAGACUCCAACUACGAGAAGAAGUACACGACGGGGGACACUCCCAACUAUGACAGAAGCCAGUGGCUGAGUGAAAAAUUCAGGCUGGGCCUGGGUCCCAAUCUGCCCUACUUGCUUGACGGGGCUCACAGGCUCACUCAGAGCACCGCCAUCCUUGGCUGCCUUCCUCCAAGCACAGCCUCUGUGGGGGGGGCGGAAGAGGAGAAGAUCCGCGUGGGCGGGCUGGAGACCGAGAUGAUGGGCCUCCGGGUGUACAACAUCAGGACCUGCGACAGCCCUGACUUUGAGAAGCAGAAGCCCGAGUUUUUGAAGGUGCUCCCUGAAAAGAUGAAGCUCUUCUCGCAGUUUCUGGGGAAGAAGUCUUGGUUUGCAGGGAGCAAGCUCACCUACGUGGACUUCCUGGCCUAUGAUUUACUGGACGUGCUGCGCAUAUUCGAGCCCAGGUGCCUGGACGCGUUCCCGAACCUGAAAGAUUUCUUGGGCUGCUUUGAGGGCCUGAACAAGAUCUCUGCCUACAUGGAGACCAGCCGCUUCCUCCCCACAUUCAUGUUCUCCGAGGCUGCGUGUGGGGCAACAAGCAGUGCCUGUAAGCGCAGGACACGGGAGGGAGGAGCACCCGGGGCCUGCAGAGCAGCUGGGUGUUCUGCAUUCUUCCUGCUUCUUUUCACCUCCCCCCGCCCCACAUGCCCAUUGGCCCCUUGUCUGCCUCCCAACCCCCUUCCACCAGGCUUCUAA